UGUAAUUGGAAUAAUAUUACAAAACAGUGAAAUAAAACAGUGAAAUACAAAUCACAAAACAAGGCUCAACAACAAAAAUCAAAACAAAGCUCAACAAUUUAUGGCUGGCUAUUAAUCAACUAAGUUUCCAUCUGAAAUGUCACAUUUUAUUCAGAUAGAAGAACUGUUGGAAGUAUUCUGCUUAAAAAAAUUUCUUGUCCUGAUGUAUCAACACUGGUGCAGAGUCUACAACAAGCCUUGGCCCUUGAAGCUAAAUUCCAACCAAAGCUUCAACUUCUGUCAACAGCCAGCAAUACAGGAGAAAGCAGUGAAAUUACGUGUGCAAUGAGGGAUGGAGCUGCUCAUGUUCUUCGCUGCUUGAAAGAAAAAUUUGUGUUGGUUUGAAGCCGAUCCGCCCAUUCAGUGUGUCUGCUUCCAAUCUCAAUCCUAUGACACCAGGAAGGCCUCAGUUGCCACGGACACCCAGACUUUGCUUCAAAGAAAAUGAUAAUUCAAGAUUUGGAACACAUGAUUUUCCAUCAACUCCAAAGUUUGGUCGUUCUGAAUCAACACCAGAACUUCACAGGAUAAGAAAGUUGGACCAAUCUCUUCACAUGGUUGAGAGAAACACCACUCAAGAAAAAGCACAUUACAACAAUGUGCUCCAAGAAAGUAAUGCAUCCAAUCUUUUGACUCUCACCAGUGAUUCUCUCCCAGAUAUCUUUCGUAAGCCUAUUAGCCAACAGCAACAUGAGGUUCCACUCAACCUACAGUCUAAAUUUGGCAAUUCAGAAGAUAAGGUUUCAAAAUUGGGUUAUUGCCCUUCCUCCACAAAUACCCAACAAGGUUUUGGCACAAAAAUCAAUCAUCCAGAAUCUCAGAAAGAGUCCUCCAUCAAACUAGUUACUGAAGGACUCGGGAUAGUAACACAAGUAAAAGAAGAAGUACCUUGUGCUGAUAUUCUAAAACCAGCUGUUCCACAGAUACCUCUACCUGGAGCAAAAAAUGAAUUUGUUGCAUGGAACCAACCGGAAAAAUCAUCCUUUUCGACCAAUAAGUUACCAUCUGUGCAUUCGGAAAUGGAAGAAAUAUAUGCUUUCACCAAUUCUAAGAACAAAUCAGGAUUGAAUUCUACUUCAGAUACAGCGAGCGCUCUUGGACUACCGACACAACCGACUGUCAAAAUGCAUCCUUUAGAUCAAGCGCAAACACCACUAGCUAAAAAUCUGACGUGGACUGGACAUUCAUCAUUUAGUACAACCAAAAUACGAGAAUCAUCCCUAGUUUCGUUUGCUUCGACUUCGAAGACUGAAAUGCAUAACGAUGAACAAAAACCAUCACUCGGCAUUUUAUUACCCAAAGUACAGGCAGAAACGUCUCCAAUUUUCAAUCUAGCAAGCUCUAAACCUCCGCAGCCAAUACCUAUUCAACCGGUGGUAAGCGUCGUGGCAGAAGUUCAACCAAUUGAUCCCAUUCAACAUCAUGUAGAGCAACAAAGCAAAUUAAUUCCCCCAGUUUCCAGCAGCAAUAUUUUACCCCCUCCAAAUGCUCGACCGACUCCGAAAACCAAGCAGAUAGCAGUAAACGGCAAGGUUUACAGCGUUAUGAAACCGCUUGGGCGUGGGGGAUCAAGUGUCGUAUAUCAGGUACUGAACCAAGAAUGACAUAUUUGCCUUAAAAGUUGUUCGUCUUGAUUCCGUUGACGAAGUCACAGCUGAAGGCUAUAUUAAUGAAAUCCGGCUGUUGAAACAACUACAAGGUUUGCCUCGCGUCGUCCGCCUUCUUGAAUACGAGUACAACGAAGAAGAAGAGAAAUUGUUGUUGGUAAUGGAAAAAAGGUGAUACCGACUUCGCAACUGUCAUCCGGACUCGCACCAGUCUCAACGCCAUCAACCCUACCCUGAUUCGCUUUUACUGGCAGGAAAUGUUAGAAGCUGUGAAAGAGAUUCAUGACAAGAAUGUGAUUCAUACAGAUCUGAAACCGGCUAACUUUCUUUUGGUCAAUGGAGGCUUAAAGUUGAUCGACUUCGGUAUUGCCACUUCUAUCCAGGCCGACAUGACGUCGAUAAUGAAGGACAGCCAGUGCGGUACAUACAAUUACAUGGCACCAGAAGCAAUCAAAUCUGCUACGCCUUCUGGAACGUCCCAAGAGUAUAAGAUAAGCAGGAAAACAGACGUGUGGUCUCUUGGCUGUAUGUUGUCUCA